AUGGAUGACAUAGUGCGGGCACUGAUACAAGCCACGGCUGCCCAGCAGGAGGCUACCCAUGUCCAGGUGGACACCCAACAGGAGGCAAUGUGGUUGCAGCAAGAGACUAAUCGCCUGCUGAUGGACCAGGCUGCUCAAGACUAUGCUAUGUUGCGGGAACUGGUAAAGCAGGGUAUACAGAUCUCCAAAGCUGAUUUAAGACAUGACCUUUCCGAAACAAGCACAGUUUUUCCAGUGGAGCAACAGGAUGUGCAAUAUGACGAGAGUGAAGAGUCCAGAAGCGCAGAAGAUGAUGCUAUUCUGCGUUCAGACAAGGGCUCAUGUUCUACCUGGGGUGCAGGGCAUUUCUCCACCUUUGAUAAUUAUUUGUAUGACUUCUCUGGGUCCUGCAACUACAUCUUCACCACCGUGUGCAAUGAUGUUAGCCCAGACUUCAACAUCCAGUUCCGCCGCGGGGUGAACAAAAAAAUUACAAGAAUCAUCAUAGAGUUGGGACCUGUCGUCAUCACAGUUGAAAAGAACAUCAUUGUGCUCAAGGAUGUUGGUGUCAUCAAGUUGCCAUAUACCAGCAAUGGAAUCCAAAUUGCUCCUUUUGGACGCACUGUCCGCCUGGUGACCAAGCUGAUGGAGAUGGAGCUGGAAGUCAUCUGGAACAAUGACGACUAUCUCAUGGUUAUGGUUGAGAGAAAAUAUAUGAGGAAAACUUGUGGAAUGUGUGGGAAUUUUGAUGGACAGGAACUAAAUGAGUUUCUGAGUGAAGGUAAAUUGCUGGAUGCAUACCAAUUUGCCACUUUACAAAAAAUGGAUGAUCCGUCAGAGAUCUGCCCAUCUGAGGAGAUGGCAAUUCCCAGUAUUCCUCGCAAAAAAUAUGCCAGGAUCUGCUCCCAGUUGCUCAACCUUGUGUCUCCGGCUUGCAACGUGUCCAAGAAAGCAUUUGUCAUCCGUUGUCAGCUUGAUAUGCAGGACUGUAGUGAUCCAGGGCAAAGAAACUGUACUUGUGCUACACUGUCAGAGUACUCUAGGCAAUGUGCCAUGUCCAAUCAAGCAGUGUCUGAUUGGAGGAGUGCAGACUUCUGCUCUGUAGGAAAAUGUUCAGCUGACCAAAUCUACAAGGAGUGUGGUUCUCCAUGUGUUAAAACCUGUUCCAACCCAGAGUACAGCUGUUCCAGUUACUGUACAUAUGGUUGCUUCUGCCCAGAAGGCACUGUUCUUGAUGACAUCUCAAAAAAUCGAACAUGUGUUCCCAUUGACCAGUGCCCAUGUACACUGAAUGGGGAGAGAUAUGAUCCUGGCGUGACCAUGAAAGCAACAUGCAGGACCUGUAAAUGUACAAUGGGCCAGUGGAAUUGCAAUGAAUUACCCUGCCCAGGAAGAUGUUCCCUGGAGGGAGGUUCCUUUGUCACCACGUUUGAUUCUAGGUCAUACAGGUUUCAUGGAGUCUGCACAUACGUCCUCAUGAAGAGUCCCAGCCUUCCAUACAAUGGAACCCUGAUGGCUGUGUAUGAUAAGUCUGGUUACUCUCAUUCUGAAACAUCAUUAACUGCUAUAAUUUACCUUUCUGCAAAGGACAAAAUUGUGAUUUCUCAAAACGAAUUUCUCACAGAUGAUGAACUCAAGUGGCUGCCUUAUAGAUCAGGUGACAUCACCAUUUUCAGACAGUCCUCCACCCACAUUCAAAUGUAUACCACCUUUGGGCUGGAGCUAAUAGUUCAAACUUGGCCAGUGUUUCACGUCUAUAUAAAAGUUGGACUUCUCUUCAAAGGCAGAACCCUAGGGUUGUGUGGCAAUUACAAUGGAGACACUACAGACGAUUUCAUGACCAGCAUGGAUAUUAUUGAAGGCACAGCAGCCCUGUUUGUGGACUCCUGGAGAUCAGGGAACUGCCACUCUGCUGCAGAGAGGGACACAGACCCUUGCUCUAUGAGUCAGUUGAACAAAAUGUCUGCAGAGACCCAUUGCUCCAUUCUUACUAAGAAGGGCACAGUUUUUGAGAAAUGCCAUUCUGUGGUGAAUCCUGCUCCUUUUUACAAGAGAUGCAUCUACCAAGCCUGUAACUAUGAGGAGACCUUUCCUUAUAUUUGUUCUGCCCUGGGAUCUUAUGCAAGAGUGUGUGCUUCAAUGGGGCUGAUCCUUGUAAACUGGAGGGACACUGUAGACAACUGCACCAUUUCCUGUACAGGCAAUCAGACAUUCAGUUACCACACUGAAGCCUGUGAUAGGACGUGCCUGUCACUUUCCGACCAAACCCUGGAAUGUUAUCCUACUGACAUCCCUAUUGAUGGCUGCAACUGUCCUAAAGGUACCUACUUGAACCACAGAAGUGAAUGUGUGCGUAAAAGCAUGUGUCCCUGCUACCUGGAAGAUAAGAGGUUCAUCCUACCUGACCAGUCGACUAUAAUUGGUGGCAUUACCUGCUAUUGUGUUAAUGGAAAGAUGAGUUGCACUGGUAAACCUCAAGACCCUGCAGAAAACUGCAAGCCUCCCAAAAAAUAUGUGUCAUGUUCACAGAACUCAGAGAACAAAUAUGGAGCCUCCUGUUCCCCUACCUGUCAGAUGCUGGCCACUGGAAUUGAAUGUGUACCCACUAGGUGUGAAUCAGGCUGUGUCUGCAGUGACGGUCUGUAUGAGAAUCUAGAUGGAAUGUGUGUACCACCUGAUGAAUGUCCCUGUGAAUAUGGUGGUAUCUCUUAUAAAAAAGGGGAAGAAAUCCACACCGAAUGCAAAACCUGCACCUGUACAAGAGGCAAAUGGAAAUGUGUUCAGAAAUCUAAAUGCUCCUCAACAUGUACCCUCUAUGGAGAAGGACAUGUCACCACUUUUGAUGGACAGCGCUUUGUGUUUGAUGGCAACUGCGAAUACAUACUAGCUACGGAUGGUUGCGGUAUGAAUAGCUCUCACUCCACCUUUAAAAUUGUGACUGAGAAUGUCAUCUGUGGGAAAUCAGGAGUCACCUGUUCCAGGUCCAUCAAGAUCCACCUUGAGAAUAUGACACUUAUACUGGCAGAGGAAACCUACUUUGUAUAUGGGGACAAUCCUCUGACACAAUUCCACGUGAAAAAGAAUGCCCUUCACCUGAUGUUCGAUAUCAUUAUCCCAGGAAAAUACAACAUGACUCUUAUCUGGAACAAGCACAUGAAUAUUUUCAUCAAGAUCUUCAGAGACGCACAGGAUCACCUCUGCGGUUUGUGUGGGAAUUACAAUGGGAACAUGAGAGAUGACUUUGAAACUCGAAGCAAAUACGUGGCAGCAAAUGAACUGGAGUUUGUAAAUUCUUGGAAGGAAAAUCCUAUGUGCGGGGAUGUGUUCUUUGUAGUUGAUCCCUGUAGCAAGAACCCUUAUCGUAAAGCUUGGGCAGAGAGGAAGUGUUCCAUCAUCAACAGCCAGGUCUUUGCUCCAUGUCACAGUAAGGUAUACCGCAUGCCUUAUUAUGAUGCCUGUGUCCGAGACUCCUGUGGGUGUGACUCUGGAGGAGACUGUGAAUGCAUGUGUGAUGCCAUUGCAGUGUAUGCCAAGGCAUGCUUAGAUGUAGGUGUCUGCAUUGACUGGAGAGCCCCAGAGUUCUGUCCUGUCUAUUGUGACUACUUCAACACACACCGAAAGUCAGGUAGUAAGGGCACCUACAGCUACAAUUAUUGGAAUGAACAAAAUUGCACCUGGCAUUACCGACCUUGUAAUUGCCCACAGCAAAACUACAAAUAUGUCAACAUUGAAGGCUGUUACAACUGCUCACACAAUGAAUACUUUGAUCACGAGGAGGGACAGUGCAAGCCCUGCACCAUGAGGCCCUCCUCCAUUACAACACCAACUAUUACAAAGACAUCACCAACUACUUCAUCACCGCCCACUACUUACACGAGGUCAACGAAAACCAGAAAAACUGCUACGCCAACUACACACACGACUGAAACUCUAAUAACGACAUAUCUACCCACAAGCUCAACGGAGAGCACCGCAUCAGAGUCCACCACCCCAAGCACUGUAAAAACAACUACACUGACGACAGUUUCUCCAACUACUACGUCAACUAAGUCCACAACGCGAUCAACACCAACAG